GCGUUCGAAAACCUUCCGCAAUCGGCCUGUCAGUCAUCAUGGCGGAAGGUGGUCCUCCUGACUACGAAUCGCAAAAAACUCAAAUAUCUGAGCUAUUAAAGACUCCUUUGAAGAAAGGAGAUGUUUGGUACUUGAUAGACACAAAAUGGUUUAAGCAGUGGAAGAAGUUUGUGGGCUUUGACAGUUGGGACACAAGGGCAGUUGGUGAAGACAAUGCCUUCCCUGGUCCAAUAGAUAAUGCCCCAUUAUUCAAAGAUGGCACAAAAGAACUAAAGGAGCAUCUCAUUGAUGAGUUGGACUACAUGCUGGUACCCAGCGAGGCAUGGGACAAGUUGCUCGCCUGGUAUGGCACAGUAGACGAUCAGGAGCCUAUCGCGCGGACAGUGAUUGAACAGGGUAUGUUCGUCAAACAAUGCAAGGUUGAGGUUUAUCUUAUGGACCUGAAACUUUGUCAGAACAAAGAGAUGGACAAAGUAUUGACCAAACGCUUCAGUCGGGCUGAUACAAUUGAACAAAUCGAAAAAGAAAUGAAGACUCUGUUCAGCAUCUCGGAUGAUAAGGAAGUGCGCCUGUGGAAUAAAUACAUGUCGAAUACCUAUGAACAUUUAAACAAGCCAGAAAAUACGCUGCAGGAUGCUGGGUUGUAUCAGGGACAAAUGAUUGUAGUCGAACAACAGAACGAUGACGGGACAUGGCCAAGACAGACAAAGAGCUUAUCUUCUUACAGUGCCUCGACGACGAGCAUGGACAUGAGUUCAUCUUAUGGCUCCUCUCCCGUCAGGUCUUCAAGUGGAUCAACGUUCAACUCGUAUUCCAACUCGAACAGCACAAGUGGAAUAGGAGGUGGUUCAUCGUCAUCGUCCUACUAUGGCAGUUCAUAUGACUACAACUCUGGUCGAGGCAGUGUCUCACCCGGUAUAUGUGGACUUAGCAAUCUUGGGAAUACGUGCUUCAUGAACUCAGCUAUACAGUGUCUGAGCAAUGUUCCGCAGCUAGCCCAGUAUUUCUUAGACGACAAGUGGCAGGAGGAGUUGAACUAUGACAACCCGCUAGGAAUGAAGGGGGAAAUUGCCAAAGCUUAUGCAGAACUAAUCAAAAAUAUGUGGUCGGGAAAAUACAGCUACUGUAUGCCGAGGAAUUUCAAGGUUUCUGUUGGGCGAUUUGCACCGCAGUUCUCUGGUUACCAGCAGCAGGAUGCUCAGGAGUUGAUGGCGUUCCUACUGGACGGUUUGCACGAAGACAUGAACAGAAUCAAGAAAAAGCCUUAUAUUGAGCUGAAAGAGAAUGAGGGCAGACCUGAUGCGGAAGUGGCAAGAGAAGCUUUUGAAAAUUAUAGGAAACGAAACGAUUCUGUGAUAGUGGACACGUUUCAUGGUUUACUCAAGUCGACCCUCGUGUGUCCGCAGUGCUCAAAAAUAUCCGUGACAUUUGACCCGUUCUGUUAUCUCUCAUUACCUCUGCCAAUCAAAAAGGAGCGACAGAUCGAGGUGUUCUUCGUUCCGUUGGAUCCGAUGAAAAAGCUGACUCAGUAUAAACUAACCGUGCCAAAGAUGGGUAUCGUGCUCGAUGUAUGCAGAGAACUGUCCAAAUUCACUAGUGUACCCGCCGAAAAAAUGGUCGUCACUGAUGUAUAUAACCACCGAUUUCAUAAAUUAUUCUCAUCCAACCAAGGACUUUCCCAAAUCAUGGACCGGGAUGAUAUCUUCGUAUAUGAGAUCCCAACGCCUGCAAACGAAGACGACCAGGAUAAGGAACAGUCGUUGAUACUAGUCUACAUGAGGGAGAAAAGGGUCAGGCAGAGCGUCUACUACUCUCACAGCCACACAUCAGCGCAGCUCUUUGGUACACCCCUCCUCGUAUCGCUGCCCAAGAAGUCGUGUACUUACGAACAAUUGUACAACAUACUACUGCAUAGAAUGUCGCGGUACGUGAGGCCUCCAGAUGACAACAACUGGUGGAAAGACGGCAAGGAAGAUGCUUCUUCAGAAGAGGGAGAUGACAAACAGAUAAAUGGAGAAGUUGAAAUGAACAACGGCGAAGACAAUGACGAGAACAUGGAGAAGAAAUCGGAUGAAGAUGAGGAAGACAAGGAGGAUGCUGAUGAGGACGACCAUCGUCUGUUCACGCUAAGCAUCAUCAACUCGUACGGCAGCUCAGAGGUCAACAAGAUCAAGGACGAUGGAAAACCCAUUAGGUUCAUCAAUCGUACCUACCUGGCAAUGGACUGGAACCACAAGGCCAAGGAGCGCUUCUUCGACGACAAAGUGGCUGAGGAAUUCGAAGUUCACGAAACCGUCAACACAGAGCCCAUUCAGAAGAAGCAGACCAUCCAGCUGAAUUCAUGUCUGGAGUUGUUCACGACGAAGGAAAAGCUUGGUACCGAUGAUCUGUGGUAUUGCCCAGCGUGUAAAAAGCAUCAGCAGGCAACGAAAAAAUUUGACAUUUGGCAACUUCCCAAUGUUCUUGUGAUCCAUCUGAAGCGCUUCUCAUACAAUAGAUAUCUCAGGGACAAGCUGGACGCUUUUGUGGAAUUCCCAACAAAAGGUUUGAACCUGAGGAAACUUGUGAUCAACCCAGACCACAGCCCGGCGAUGUACGACUUGGUGGCUGUCACAAACCACUAUGGCGGUCUGGGCGGCGGGCAUUACACUGCGUAUGCUAAGAACCGUAAUGAUAAUGAGUGGUACCAUUUCGAUGACUCAACGACUUCACAAUGCAGUGAAGAUUCAGUUGUGACGAAAGCUGCGUACGUGCUUGUCUAUCAGAAACGUGAGCCAGUGGACCCAAUGGGAAACAACGAAAACCCUCGGCUGAUCUCGGCUGCUGCAGGAGCGCCCUCUAAAGAGGAUGGAUUCAGUAACGGCAACUGCAUGAGCGACGAUGAUAUGGAAAUCAAUUGAAAGCACCAUAGCUUAGACAUGUGACAUGAUCGAAGGUGCUGCGUAUCUGAGUUGCACCAAAGUGUGUGCAGUGAUCUCCGAAUAAUCGUGAACCCAAUCCCCACACAGCUCUGUUUGCGGGAUACUCGAGCAUUGACUGAACAAAGGCCAUUCGGUGCGUUGAUUGCACACCCAAUUAUGUCUAUGAUGAUCCGUCACUGAAAACUUUCAAAGCUAUAAAAAGCAAAAAACUAAUCUGAUAUGAUCAAGUGUCACACAACCAGAUUUGUGAUAUGGAGAAUGGUUGUUUCAGCGGCACACACCAAACACUGGAUAUUUUUCCGCUCUCCUAGAUGAUGUGAUUUCCACAUUUUACAUCUUAUUGUGCGUUUGCACUGACUGUCUGUUUUUCUGGUCCACCGUAAUCUGACAGAAUGAAUUUUUCAGUAUGAUUGCACAGAACAGCUGUUUUUGGCUGCUAAGUGGCUGAAAUUACACAUUUUGUGCAUUUGUAUACAUCCAUUUUUAAACAUUUUUUAGCCCUUUCUGUUUCAGAUUCAUUGUUACAAAAUUUAGAGUCUUGGCUGACGACAGGUCGUUCCUAAUUUGCCUAGCCAAUCAUAUUUCCGAAUUUAUUUGGGCAUUCGAAAGAAAUAUAAAGCCAUAGAAUCAAACAAUGUCAGAACGGUAGGGGAUGCUUUAAAUGUAUUCAAAAAGGUGAUUCUUGCUUGGAUGCUUGGGUAUAAAAAUUUCCAAGGUCUUUUUGUGCUGUGUCAGCAUAUUUUAUCGCAUAAUGGGUGUUUCACACUAAUUUUUUGGUUGUUGAAAGUUUAAAAGUAAAGAAGUAAUAAUUAUUAUACGAGUGCAAGCUUGGUCUCCUUUUGCAUUGACAACUUGUGUGUUUUCCCCGAAACGUCUAAUCACUUUUGCCUGAUAUGCCAGAGGGCUAGUAAAGCAAGAAGUACUGUAUAUCUUUGAAUCUUGUUCCAUUUUCAGAUGGGAUUUAUGAGAAAAAAUUUUCCAACUGGCCUGUUAAUGGUAUGGAAAGACUUGCACUCAUUGCUAAUUUGAAACACUAUGAGUCUCAUUAUCUCUUUAAAGUAGUGCUGCCUUACAUCUCGAGGUGUUAAGAAUAAUGUAAAUAAUGUAAAGAUGUUGACAAAUUUACUGUAAAUUAUUUCUGUUCAAAUUCGAAAGAAGGGCGUUCACUUUAGCUGUGCUGUUAGCGAGUCGUCCAAUUUUCGACGCAGUAGUCUUCAGGCUUCGUUAGUGCUCACUUUGGUAAUUAGUAUAAAAGGUGACUAUAAUCUUUGAGUAUGAACAAUGCAUGAUUCAUUUAUAAUCGUGAUUUGGAUUUUACUAUUAAUAAGUGAUAUGUAUAAAAAUGUGGAAAAAAAGAUGUUUGUACAAUUAUGCUUAUCAUGUUACGGUCGGUUAAAAAGCAAGGGUUAGAUUUAGGACCAUCUUAAAAUAUACGGAUGCCAAUUUUUACAAAAUUUCCUCAGUUUUGAAGAGCAAGCCUGGCAAAAAACUGAAAAAGACACUAUUGUUUGAAUUUGGCCGGGUUAUUUACUUCUUUGUUGAUUGCAUUGAAAUAAAACAGAAAUUGGGAUCCAAUAUUGUCAACUCCCAACUUGUGCAAUCGGAUCUAAUCAUUAUUAUCGGUCUCCUAACCCUAUUGAAAUUUUUUGCAAGAGGUAUGGAGCCAACUUUUGGCGACGGUCCACCUGGGUUUGAUCAUUUGUUUGCCAUGGCAUAGACACUCAGUACAAGAGACCACGGCUUUUACUCUCGUCUGAGAGGCUCUCGAAUAGUACGUUGUGUCGUGAAGAGCCAGAAGUAAGGUUCUUGGUUUCUCCAGAAAUUCUGAGUCGAACCUAGAAUUGAACACGGGAGGGGGGAGGGCACUCCUACUCGCUAAUUUAUUGUGAGGGGGGGGGGGGGGCAUCAGUAUAUUUCGAGGUGGUCCCUUACUGGUUUGUUUCCAUUUCAAUCCCACUUAAAAACUAUACAUAUAUUAAUACAUAUACUUUUCUUACUCGACCUUAUGACAAGUCAUGGAAAGUUGUACGCAAGACUAAAAGUCUUUGGUGUGAUAGGGUUGGUUAACCCUAAGAUACUGGGGCUAUUUUCCACUUCUGAAGUGUCUUAACUUCAGUUUCAGAUUGAGUUCAAAUUCGUCUAAGUAAUUUUGGAUGAUGCUCAAAAGGGCUUGAUAUGGUGACUUUAAAGUUGGGAAAUUUCCAUUUUAUGAUUUUAACCAUUCUGAAAUUCUGAAAUCUCUUCAUUUAACUUAACAAUGAGGCAUCCAAAGGUAGCAUCAAAUCUGUACAAAACUGUUGUAUGCUCUUGAUGGUUGCAAAAAUAUAACACUGCACCAGUAAGAAUCUGCAGUUUGGCAGAAGUGCUAUCUUCAAUUUGAGUGUAUGGAAUGGGAAAGGUUGAAAUUGUGUUUUAUCAACAACAAGCCUAAAAUACUAUUUUAGCAACGCUUGCAGUUAUUGUAGAUAAUUCUGGUUUAAAGGCCUACGCCGUUAGUUGAAUAUUUGAAAUUCGUAAUUGAAUUUGAAAAUUUUAAAUUGUCUAAAUACGUACUGGAUAAAAAUGUUGACAAUGUAAUUGUGUAGACAUAUGUACAAUGCUCGAAUUACCGAGUUUAAGCAAAUUCGUAUGCAUGAUAACUGCACUAUGGCAUUGUGUAAAACUGCAUUUCUAUUUUCCUGGACCACCAGUAAUUACAAACGGUGUACGCCUUUAAUUUUAUUUUCUGGAAAACUUUGGUUAAAAUCAUGACGUCGCAAGAUUUCAAAUUGUGUCGGAGAAGACAAUCAAUCUUGAAGAGUUGUCAAAAACUGUGUGUCCUCGUCGACCUUGAAUCAAGAUACUAUCGAUAUCAAAAACAUAUAUUACUUCAAAGUGAUGUGUUUUGUCGAUAUGUAUUUGAGCACGUGACUAAUGUUAGGAGCUGCUGACGGACUGUUGUAUGGUUUAGGCUUCGGAUUUGGGUCGUUUUGACUUGCAGCCCUUCAGAGGUUACAUAAAUAUCAAUACAUAAAUAUCAAAUAGUUUUCAAGAAAAUGUGUUUUGUACCAACAUUAAAAUUUUUUUGUGUGAAAGAAAUAUUAGAUCGGUGUGGGAUGCGGCGCAAUUGUGGAGUUUUUCACAUUUUACAAAUUUAUAUUAAGUGGCCAAUUGAAAUUGAAUUGAAAGUAGUUAUCAAAGAAUUUGUUGUGACCCUCAUCUUUCGUACAUUUGCCUACCUAGAGGUAUCUUUCAAAAUUCUAUGAAAAGCCAUGAGAAAGUACUCUUUUUUACUUGUUGUCUAAAACUCCUUGAUACAGUUAAAAAACCCAACCAAUAGCAAGUUCUUUUCCAUUGUUUUUGCCUUCUCUGUGCUCCAUUUCUCAAUGAUUGACCCUUGUUUUAUGCCAUCUCUAUAUAUUGCCAACAUAGCUGAAUAAAGCGUUGUAUU